GUUAACGUAACUUUUUGCACAUUUUACAUCAUGCCUCCCAAGAAGGUUGUCAAGGAAGAAAAGGCCAUGCUUGGUCGUCCCUCUAACAAUUUGAAGAUUGGUGUCGUCGGUCUUCCUAACGUUGGUAAGUCUACUUUCUUCAACGCCCUUACCAACGCUUCUGCUGCCGCUGAGAACUAUCCUUUCUGUACCAUUGAUCCUGAGGAGUCUCGUGUUGCUGUCCCUGAUUCUCGUUUCGAUUGGUUAGUUACCCACACCAAGCCUAACAAGGUCAUCCCUGCUUUCUUGACUGUCAUUGAUAUUGCUGGUCUCGUUAAGGGUGCUGCCUCCGGUGCUGGUUUAGGUAACGCUUUCUUGUCUCACAUUAAGGCUGUCGAUGCCAUUUUCCAUGUUGUUCGUGCUUUCGAUGAACCCGAUGUCAUUCACGUUGAAGGUGAAUUAGAUCCUCUCCGUGAUUUAGAAAUUAUUCGUGAAGAAUUACGUUUGAAGGAUAUUGAAUUCAUUAGCAGACAAGCUACUGAAUUAGCCAACGCUGCCCGUCGUAUCGGUAACGGUGGUAAUGCUCAAGAUAAGGCAAAGAAGGAGGAAGCCGCUACUGUCCAAAAGGUCCUUGAAUGGGUUCAAGCUGGUAAUGAUGUUCGUCAUGGUACUUGGACUAACAAGGAAAUCGAAGUCAUCAACGGUCUCCAUCUCAUCACCGCCAAGCCUGUUAUCUAUCUUGCUAACUUGUCCGAAAAGGAUUAUAUUCGUAAGAAGAACAAGUGGCUCGCUAAGAUCAAAGCUUGGAUUGAUGCUAACUCUGCUGGUGAUCUUAUGAUCCCUUACUCCGGUGCCUAUGAAUCCCGUCUCACUGCUGCUUCUCCCGAAGAAAAGGCCGAGAUCGAGAAAGAGACUGGUGCUGUUUCCGUCUUGCCCAAGAUUAUUGUUCAAGGUUACAACUCUCUCCAAUUAUGUUACUACUUCACUGCUGGUCCUCAAGAAGUCAGAGCUUGGACUAUCCGUAAGAACACAAAGGCUCCUCAAGCCGCUGGUGUCAUUCACUCCGAUUUCGAAAGAGGUUUCAUUAUGGCUGAAGUCAUGAAGUAUAACGAUUUGCAUGAAUUAGGUACCGAAGCUGCUGUCAAGGCUGCCGGUAAAUAUAUGCAAAAGGGUAAGGAUUACGUUGUUGAAGAUGGUGAUAUUAUCUUCUUCAAGUUCAACGUCACCGCCACUGCUGCUCCCAAGAAGAAGUAGAUUUUAUUCCUUAAAUUAUAAUGUUAUAAAAAAUAUAUUAGUUUUUUUUUCUUU